AUGUUCUUCAUCCACUUCCUUGAACACGUCCUAACCCUGCACCCCACCUUCUUCGGCUCGCACGUCAAGGAAUACCUAACGCAGAAACUCCUCGAUGACGUCGAGGGCGUGUGCACGGGCGACUACUACAUCGUCUGCGUGAUGGAUACAUACGACAUUUCGGAGGGGAGGGUGAUACCCGGCAGCGGCCUGGCGGAGUAUACAAUUAUGUAUCGCGCUAUUGUGUGGAAGCCUUUCAAGGGGGAGACGGUGGAUGCGGUGGUAACGUCGGUUAAGAAUCAGGGGAUAUUUGCGGAAGUUGGUCCAUUGACGGUCUUCGUGUCAAAACAUUUGAUCCCGCCGGAAAUCAAAUGGGACCCCGACGCGACUCCGCCGCAGUAUACGGAUAAUGGAGAACAGGUCAUUGAGAAAGGGACCAACCUGCGCAUCAAGCUUAUUGGGUUGCGAAAUGACGUGCGAAAUAUGUUUGCUAUUGGAAGUAUCAAGGAAGACUAUCUAGGGUGUGUUUGCUAUCUCCUCUACAAUUGGGAAUUGAGAUUGGGGUGCUUUCCACAAUGA